UUUGACUUUCUCGCAUAUUUCUUUGUAGAGACAAAAACACCGCCUCCACCGUGUAAUAUUGUUGAUUUAAUGGCUAUGAGAUCUUGGGUGAGUCGGGCAUCCGUGACUCGUGUGAUGGACUCAACGAAUCGCGGUGCUUUCAGUCGCUUCUUCAGCGACAAAGGGCGCGUGCUCAGCGAAGAAGAACAGGCCAAAGAGAAUGUCUACAUCCAGAAAUGGGAGAGGGAAAGAUUGGAGAAACAGAAGCUGCAGGCUGGGAAGGUUAGGGCUGAGAAGGACAAAAACGCUGCUGAGAAGAACGAAGACACUGCUGAUAAGAAACCUCAAAAGGAGUGACUUUAUCAUUCUCCCAAGCCGUCAACGUCAUUUUGUGGGGAAAUAAGCAUGGCGAAUAAAACACAAUGACCCUGAGUACUGAACUUUGGUCUUUGUAUAGAGUGUGUUUCUUGUUUAUCCGUAGUUUCUUCAAUAGUGAUGGAUGAAACCAUGUCGUUGCAUCCACUGAACUUGGUAUGUUUGUUACGAUAUGAUCCUUUCCAGUUAAUUUUCACUUUCGUUUAAGGAAAAAAGUGGUAAAGUUAAUGAGUUUCA